UAUUACGUAUUCACUUGGUUAAAACAAUGGCGCCCUACUCGCGCACUAUCUCGGUGAAUGAAAUAUUUUUUGUAGCCCGGUGGGCUCCAAGACCAUUUCACGCCAAUUCGUCAUGCCAUCGACCGCAAACUGUUGCACAACGCCAUUUCAUUGCCAAUGUCUUUGUCACACAACCUCGCUAUGAUAAGCAAAUUGUUACAUGGCUACUAGAAAGGUGCGGUAGUCCUACCUUUGUCUCUAAUAAUAUAAAUAUUGAGCAAUAGGCUUAUCAAAUUAUUACAGCACAGGUCACUGCAGCGAGCACAUCUCAACCAUGGCGAAGGCUUUGUGUGUUCUACUGGUGGUCGCGGCGGCGUCGGCGGUCCACGUGUCCUACGUGGCUCCGGUGGCCAGCGGGUACAUCUACAGAAGCGACAACGGAGGCCCCGCGAGCCUCAUCCAACUAGGAGCGCAGCAGUACCACCAGCCCGCGGCAUUCGCGCCGCCUCUCCCUGUAGCGCAACCUCUGACCCUACCUCUACCUGAGCCUGAGGUCUACGAACUGCCAGCAACUCCUCUAACUUUCCACGGCGAAGCUGAACCCCUCGCUACGCAUAUCGCUGAACAAGAUGACGACGAAGAUGAUGAUGAUGACGAGGAGGAUCACACGGAUCCGGAACUGUACGGAGAUUUAAUCGAAGUCGGACAUGGACACGGUCACGCUUACGAAAAGGGAGCGGGCAGCGACUACGGCGAAGAACAUCACGCCGCUCAUGGCGAGAAGGGCAGCAAGGGCUACAGCUCCAAAGACCACCACGCUUCAGGCGAAGCUGGACACUACGGCAAGGAACAUAAGGAAGGCCAUUACGGCGAAUCUGAAGGAGAAAAAGCUGCCCACCACGACGAAGCUGAUGUCCACGGAAAGCACCACGAAGCCGGCUCUAGCUACAAAGGAGGCGAUCACGGACAUAAGAAGCACUUCAGCAAGGGCGAGGACGUGACCGGCUACCACAAGGUGUUCCACAAGGACGAGUUCAAGAAGGACCACGAUUUCUACGACGUCGCCGACAACAGCGGCCACUUCAACAAAUACGGCAACGAGAAGGGCCAUCAGGGGUCUGAGGAAGGCGGCCAUAAGGAAGGUGGAUCCCACGACUCUGGUUCUGAUAAGGGUGAGUUUGGCAAAGCGGGCUUCCACGCUAAAGGGCAUCACGAUGAAAGCGACGACAGCCAUUCCGCUGAGGAGGGUAAGGAGAGUCACUACAAUCACAGCACAGAGCACGGCAAGAAAGGCAGCAGCGAAGAUGGGAAAGAGUACCACUUCGAAGAUGAUGAUGAUGAUGAUGACGAGGAGGACGACGAAUAAACAAUGAAACUGAUAAUGUGUAAAUAUUUGUUAACUAAUUGUCCGUUUAAAUUGUUAAUAUGUUUGUACGAAACGAAUGAUGUUGUAAAUAUUUUUGUAACGCUGAUAUAUAUAAACAAUUGAAAACUUAA